UAGUGUGCCAAUGAUAAUCGGCUCCCCGCUAUAUCCAGGACGCCUGGGAGUGUCGUCUGCCCUCGGUACUAACCUUGGAACCGUUUUAUUUAGUCCAGUACCGGUUGUUGACGUGUUCUUUCUGUCUGUAUAUCAAAUUUCCUCAGUUAGAUCUCUGAAGACCACGCCAUGUCGGCACUUCAUGCAUAUGAUUAGAGUCGGUUUGGAAGUACAAGUAUAUCCGUCAGCACAUAAUCCUCAGACAGUUGUGUCCGAAGUGUGGUCCACCAGGUCGGUGUCGCCUUGUCGCUGGGAUCGAGGAUGGUGAGGACUGUGUCGGGGAGGGACUAUCAACCAAUAUCGAUCUGGUCGUAAUUAAUGUGGCAACUACACAAGGAUUUGAGAUGGAACCGGGAAAAAUCGAUUAACUGGAAAGUAGGCACGCGUCCAGAUACUCAGUGCGGAGUACCUCGUCUGCUUCCUACGGAAACAAAGACAGGCAGUGCUAAAAAUGGCUGACAGUGCCAAGGACGCACAAAAUGGCGACUCUGGCAAGGACCCGGAGUGUGAGCAGGACCCAGCCCCCGCGCAGGAGGGCGCCACAGAUACUCCGGAUAUCGGACAGGAGGUGGUUGAACCCGAGGAGGACCCGUACAAAAUUGUGGCUGCUAUAGACUUUGGGACGACUUUUAGUGGAUAUGCUUACACUUUUGUGUCCAAUCGUGACGUCAUAUAUACCAACAAGAACUGGGGCCAGACGCAAGGUUUCCUCCUCCACAAGACCCCUACCUCUCUCCUCCUUAAACCUGAUGGACAGUUCGAGGCGUUCGGUUUUGAGGCUGUGUCGAAAUACAAUGAUCUGUCGGAAGAAGAGGCGGCGGAGUACUAUUACUUUGAUAGGUUUAAGAUGAACCUCUACGACAAUAAGGAGCUGAAGACGGACAUAACCUUACAGGACACUUCCGGUAAGGAACAGCUUGCCGUGGACGUUUUUGCCAAAUCUUUGGGUUUCAUGAAGUCUCAUUUCCUACGUCAUUUGAGCGUGACCCUGGGGUACGAGCCCGACCCACAGUCCGUCCGCUGGGUCAUUACAGUACCUGCCAUAUGGGACGAAAACGCCAAACAGUUUAUGAGAGAAGCGGCGCAUAAGGGUGGUCUUAUAGACACAACGCACAGUAACCAACUUGUUAUAGCAUUAGAACCGGAAGCAGCAUCACUCAACUGCCGAUCACUUCCAGUCAGCACCUUCGUCCAAACAGAAAAUGAACAAGUGUCAAUGCUGACCUUUGAACCCGGAACUAAAUACCUCGUGAUUGACGCUGGAGGUGGAACCAUAGAUAUUGUAGCACACAAGGUCCGGAAAGAUGGUCGUAUUCGGGAGCUGUUCCGCGCCACAGGUGGUGCCUGGGGUGGAACCGUCAUCGACCGUCAGUUCAUCGCCCUCCUUGACAAGAUCUUUGGCGCAGAGUUUCUUGCCGCAUUCCAGCGCGAGUUUCCCAAGGACUAUGUCGAGUUGUUACAGGACUUCGAGAUAAAGAAACGUGGUGAAUGCGAGAGUGUGCGCGUGUCGCUCCCUUAUAAUUUUUGUAAUUUUCGUCACGAGGACCGGUCUGUGCAGGAAUAUAUCAAAUCGUACGCCGCGGCGGAGGGCGGACAGAUUAAGUUCUCAUCGGGAAAACUUGUGUUGACUUCUGAGGUGGUCACAGCUUUGUUCUGCGAUGCGCUUAAACAAAUAAACGAUCACGUGACACAUCUUCUUCAAAGGCCAAAAUUAAAGGACUUAAAAUAUAUGUUCCUUGUUGGUGGGUUUGCCGAGUCGGUCCGCCUUCAGAACUCGAUCCGGUCGGAGUUUGGCGAACAGGUGACAGUCCUCAUUCCCGAGGAAGCUAGUUUGUCUGUUGUUAAAGGAGCCGUGGCAUUUGGCUGCGACCCCAGCGCCAUCUGCCAGCGGAUCUGUCGGUACUCGUACGGAGUUGGGUCAUAUCUCCCUUUUGAGGAAGGUGAACACAGAGACGAUCUCAAGGUCGACUCGGACGGAAUGGUGCUAUGCAAACACAUUUUCCAGACUUGGGCGGAAACCGGAGAGGUCAUAGGUCAUAACGAAAUCUGGCGGGAAACAUAUACGCCAAUCAUUACCAACCAGAAAGGCAUUAUUUUUGAGUUUUUCAAGUCGUCCAAACGGCGACUAAAAUACACAGAUGAAGACGGCGUAGAGAAAUGUGGUUGCCUAGUCGUAGAAAUGCCUGAUCUCACAGGCGAUAAGGAACGCGCAGUUGAUCUAGAGGUCAUAUUCGGGGGUACUGAAAUCAAGGUAGUUGGGUACGAUCAUACGAGUCAAACACGGCGGGAAACAUACAUAGACUUUCUUUCAACGUAGUCUUCAGUACUACAUGUGUACAGGUUGUGAGGGGUGAUUAAGAUUCGACUUCAGAGGUUGUGACUGAAUACGGUGUUUUCAUAGAAACAAACAAAAUCCGAAAAUGGUGUUGAAUUUGACCUUAACAUCCCUUAACUCUCUUGAAAUCAACCAUCUUCUCUGCACUUUUGCAAAUAUACCUUUCGAGCGGUCACGAUAUCAGAUGCUCAUGGACGGGGAUUGGCACGUGCCAGUUCCGGGUGAGGUUGUAUUUUAUGUUCGCAGUGCCAUGGUUUCCUUGUGCCCAAAAACUUCAUCACGUGACGUAUACACUUUGAAAAGCAUCGUGCCAAAACAGCUCAAGUGGCGCUAAGUAUAUACAUAUAUAAGCCCUUUGCCUUGUAUCUUUCCGAAUGUUUCCAGCACAUGUAUUUGCCGUGCCUUCGCCUACACGUACUUGUAAAUAUUGAGGCAGGUAUUUAAACCUAACUGCAAAACAAAAUGGCUACCAAAAUAUAUCGCAUCAACUUGGAUCAAUAAAUAAACCA